GUUAUUUUCCUUUUUGCCUGUCUGUCUUGUCUUUUUUUAACACUUUGGGGAGAGUGGGAGUGGUGGUUGUUUAUGUGAUCCACAUACUACUCAGUUUAUGAUCCAAGUUGAUGGCCUGAUGAGUCUCUUAUACUAUGAACCUUUGUUCCUAUCGAAACAAUCUACAGUUCACCUUUACCUCAAAAACUAAAAGCUCCGAUAUUUCCAAUAAAGCAAGGCACUGUAACUAACAGGAUCAACCUGGUUAGUCUUAUUUAUUUCUUAAAAGAUUUUUCUAAACUUGGCUUUUUCUUAAAUUUCGUAUCGAGAUAUAAAUUAUAACCGAGGGAGUAACAUAAACUAUGCCACUUGUCAACGAAGUGAUUAUAAUACUUUCAAUAUACCUAACAAAUUGCAGCUCCCGAGGCUGGCACAAUUAUCAAAAAACCAUUAUCCUUGUUUUGAACAUAUCAAGAAGGAAGAAAGGGGGAGAUUAUCUGCAGCAUGAUCCUUUUAUCAUCUGACGCACAUAGCGCCAUGGUAUAUCUAAUUUUAGACCCAUAACGAUAAGCUUUACCCCCAUUAGAAUAUACUAUUCCAUUAAUUAAAAAAGAAAAAUCAGUAGCUAUCCACAUACUAUAAAUUUCUCAUCAAUCUAUAGCUCUUGUAUUGCAGCCAGCUUGCUAACUGUCCGUUGAAAUUACCAAUAAACAAAAGAAGAGAAAAAAAUGGUCAGCUUUGAGACAUUCCUUCCACCCAAUAACUCUGUUCAAAGAAAGAACAGUGGAAUUAUGGGUUAUGAUGUACCUGAAGGAGUGGACAUUAGGGGAAGAUAUGAUCCUGAAUUUUCAAAGAUUUUAACUAGGGAUGCUUUGCAAUUUGUAGCUGAUUUGCAGAGGGAAUUCAGGAACCAUAUUAAGUAUGCUAUGGAGUGCAGGAGAGAGGCCAGAAUGAGGUAUAAUAAUGGCGGUUUGCCGGGUUUUGAUCCGGCAACCAAAUAUAUUAGGGAAGGAGAAUGGGUGUGUGCUCCUGUGCCGCAGGCGGUGUCUGAUCGGAGGGUGGAGAUUACUGGACCUGUUGAGAGGAAGAUGGUCAUCAAUGCCCUCAAUUCUGGUGCCAAAGUUUUCAUGGCGGACUUUGAAGAUGCACUGUCACCAAGCUGGGAGAAUUUAAUGAGAGGCCAUAUAAAUUUGAGGGAUGCAGUGAGUAGAACAAUAACAUUCCAUGAUCAAGCUAGAAACAAAGUGUAUAAGCUGAAUGAUCAGACAGCUAAGUUGUUUGUGCGCCCAAGAGGGUGGCAUUUGCCAGAAGCUCACAUCUUCAUUGAUGGUGAGCCUGUCACGGGUUGCCUAGUCGAUUUCGGCCUCUACUUUUUCCACAACUAUGCCAACUUCCGUAAGACCCAAGGACAAGGAUUUGGACCCUUUUUCUAUCUUCCCAAGAUGGAACAUUCUAGGGAAGCUAGGAUAUGGAACAAUGUGUUUGAGAGGGCAGAGAAAUGGGCUGUAAUUGAGAAAGGAAGCAUUAGGGCCACUGUCCUGAUUGAAACACUUCCAGCAGUGUUUCAGAUGAAUGAAAUCUUGUAUGAAUUGAGGGACCAUUCUGUAGGCCUCAACUGUGGUAGAUGGGAUUACAUUUUCAGCUACGUUAAGACUUUCCAGGGUCACCCUGAUCGAUUGCUCCCUGAUAGGGUUCAAGUUGGCAUGGCUCAACACUUUAUGAGGAGUUACUCCGACUUGCUCAUCCACACCUGUCAUAAGCGCGGUGUCCAUGCUAUGGGAGGCAUGGCAGCUCAAAUUCCAAUCAGAGAUGAUCCAGCAGCUAAUGAGGCAGCAUUGGAACUUGUAAGAAAGGAUAAGCUGAGAGAAGUGAAGGCAGGGCAUGAUGGAACAUGGGCAGCUCACCCUGGCCUAAUUCCAGCCUGCAUGGAAGUCUUCACUAACAACAUGGCCAAUGCUCCUAAUCAAAUCCAUUCCAUGAAGCGUCAAGAUGCAUCGGUCCUAAUUGAAGACGACCUGCUGCAGAGGCCAAGAGGUGUCCGAACCAUGGAGGGCCUCCGGCUGAACACCCGAGUGGGAAUUCAGUACUUGGCAGCUUGGCUGACUGGGGCUGGUUCCGUCCCACUUUACAACCUCAUGGAGGAUGCUGCCACAGCUGAGAUUAGCAGAGUCCAGAACUGGCAGUGGCUGAAAUAUGGUGUGGAAUUGGAUGGAGAUGGGCUUGGGGUGAAGGUGAACUUGGACCUUUUUGGAAGAGUGGUUGAAGAAGAAAUGGCUAGGAUUGAGAAAGAAGUUGGCAAGGAGAAAUUCAAGAAGGGAAUGUAUAAGGAGGCUUGCAAAUUAUUCACAAGGCAAUGCACUGCAACAGUCUUGGAUGAUUUUCUGACUCUUGAUGCCUAUAAUAACAUUGUCAUGUAUCAUCCUAUUGGAUCGUCCCGGCUCUAAAUUUCGCAGCUUAUGCUGUGAGAUAAAUCAGGUGGCUCUGUAUUGUGACUACUGCUAUCUUCCCAACAAUAAUGGUAGGAAAUGGAAUUUUUCCUUUGGGGAGAAAGCCAAUUAUCCAAAGGCUCUCUUAUUCAGCUUUGCUUUUUCAAUCAACCUGUCAUCAGUAUUGUGAGUACUGCUAUCUUUCUUUGUAAUAAUAAAGACGAUUGUUUCAUUUUUUGUCCUUUUCUAGUACAUGUGAACCUUCUAUUUC